AUGCGCCCAGUGCGAAUAGGAUCGUCCAGUACGAAUGGAGAGGAAUCGAGCUGUAGCCUUGAUGAGGCAAUGGAGGUAAUGGACGACCCCGACAGGGCGAAGUCUUGCCUGCGGGGUGGCUCACCAGUGGCGUGCCUGACGGCGCGCCACUGGAUUGUCGCUCUCGUCUUCUGCAGCAGGGUGGGCCAGACCGUCCUGCGAAUGGCCAUGGGUGCGCUCAUCAUCCCCUUCUGUGAGGAGAUACGCUGCGAGGCCUGGGAAAAGGGCUGGCUCCUGUCGGCCCACGCAGCCGGCUACUGCUCGACGCAGAUCCUCGGCGGCUGGAUGGCCGACCGGCUCGGCGGGAAGCGGGUGAUGUCGUGGGCGCUGGGCCUCUCGAGCCUCGCGGUGCUGGCGACUCCCGCCGCCGCGUCGGCUUUUGGGCCCAGGGGCGUCAUCGCCUGCGAGGUUGUCAUGGGAGCGGCCAUGGGCCCCACCUUCCCCUCGAGCAUGCAGCUGCUCGCGCGGUGGCUCCCGGUCGAGGACCGGGCGAUGGCCAGCACGGCGCUGGAUUCCGGCAUCACCCUGGGGUCCCUCAUCGUGGUGCCACUGUCGGGAGUGCUCGUCCUGUAUAACGGUUGGAGGGUUGCGUACACGGUGUAUGGCCUGGGGAUGCUUGCGUUCGCCCUCGUCUUUGCGUGGCUGGCUGCUGACAGCCCUACCGACUGCGGGUAUUGUAGUGCCGAGGAGCGAUUGUUCUUGGAGGUAGUUGUGCCACAGGUUAACAAGCAGGGGAAGUCGAAAGUUCCAACGGAGAAGUCGAGCAUCGCUUACUGCUUGUCCUACGCGCGGUUGUGGGCCAUCUAUGGGUCGCACUUCAUCUUCAACUACGCUGUUUAUUUUGUCAAUUGCUGGUCUGCAACGUUCUACUUCGAGACAUUCGGCCUCCGCCCCGAGCAGGCUGGGUUGUACCUGUCCAUGCCGCACCUGAUAAACUCGGUCGUGAAGGUGAUGGUGAACCCGGCCCUGGAGCGCCAGAUGAUGGCCCGGGGGUUCGACACCCUAAGGCGCCGCAGGAUAUUCAGCGUUCUCGGUUUUGUCGGGCUGUCGGCAUUCCUCGGGCUGGCGCCGUACCUCGCCACCCUGACCCGGACGACGAUGUCCUUCUCCGUGGCGUUUGGGUUCUUGGCGCUGCACCCGAGCGGCUUCAAGGCGAACUACAUGGACGUCACCACCAGCCGCGGCGGUCUGGUCAGCGGCAUAGGGAACACAAUCGGCAGCCUGGGUUCUACCGCAGGGCCGCUGGUCGUGGCGCAUUUGCGCGACGUGACUGGCGGUUGGACUGCGGCCUUUCAAUCAGUGUCGCUUCUGAGCGUUGCGGCGGCGGUGCUGUUUUCGACCAUGUCGUCGACGGUGCCCAUCGAGGCGGACGAGGUUCCCGCCAAGGACGUGGGGGACGUCCAGAGCGUGUAA